GUAAAUUCAGUUUCGGAUAAGACGCCAUUUCAGACAGCUGUAAACCCAGGCUUACAAGUUUUGUUUCAUUUAUUGGGCUGAAAAUCACAAUUAAAUUAUAGAAGAACACUGGAUCUAAAAUGAGUCACUAUGAGGAGAGAGAGGAGGCAGAUAUUGUUCACUAUCAGAACCAGAGUGCAGCAUCUCCAGAACCCAGCUGUGUGUCUAUAAAGAGUGACAUAUCCAUCAAUCUGCCUCCUUAUCUCAGUGAUGGGUCAAUGACCAUUGACCCCAGUGAUACUAAGAAAAAGGGAUCAGAAUCUCCAGAGCCCAGCUGUGUGUCUAUAAAGAGUGACAUAUCCAUCAAUCUGCCUCCUUAUCUUAGUGAUGGAGCAGUGACCAUUGACCCCAGAUAUGAUCAGACAGGAGACCCGCAGCAGGAUUCUCACCACCCAGUAGAUUAUGAACUACAGAGAAUCAAAGACCAACAUAAAACCAGCAUGAAGAACAAAUAUGAGAGCUUAUUUGAGGGAAUUAACCUACACCAAACCCUGCUGAACAGGAUCUACACACAGCUCUACCUCAUAGAGAGAGAGAGUCAAAGGGUGAAUGAAGAACACGAGGUUUUUCAAAUGGAGAAAACAGCCAGAAAACAACACUCACAAGACAUUCCAAUCUGCUGCAAUGACAUCUUUAAAGCCUCACCUGAACCAGGAUGUGAGGACAAAGACCAAAUCAAGAAUGUUCUUACUAAAGGCAUGGCUGGAAUUGGAAAAACUGUCUCUGUGCAGAAAUUCAUUUUAGACUGGGCCGAGGGAAAGGUCAAUCAAGAUGUAGAUUUUAUGUUUGUGCUUCCAUUUCGAGAGCUGAACUUGAUUAAGGAUCAUCAGUACAGUCUUCACAGACUUCUGCUGGACUUUCAUCCUGAACUUCAAGAUCUGGACUCAAAGAUUUAUGAGGAGUGUAAAGUUGUGUUCAUCUUUGAUGGUCUGGAUGAAAGCAGAAUCACACUGAUAUUUUCAGAUGAGCAGAAAAUUUCUGAUGUGACUGAGACUUCAACAGUGGAUGUGUUAAUAUCCAACCUGAUGAAAGGAGAGCUGCUUCCCUCUGCUCUCAUCUGGAUCACCUCCAGACCAGCAGCAGCCAAUCAGAUCCCCUCCAAAUACAUCAACCGUCUGACUGAAAUUCAGGGAUUCAAUGAGCCUCAGAAGGAGGAAUAUUUCAGGAAGAGAAUCAGUGACCAGCAUCAGGCCAGCAGAAUCAUCUCACACAUCAAAAGAGCAAGAAGCCUCCACAUCAUGUGCCACAUCCCUGUAUUCUGCUGGAUCUCAUCCACUGUGCUUCAGAAGCUCCUGGAAGAAAAUCUGAGAGCAGAAAUCCCUCAAACUCUGACUGAAAUGUACAUCCACUUCCUGCUGAUUCAGAUCAACGUGAGGAAUCAGAAGUAUGAAGACGGAGACAGAGAGACACUCCUGCAGUCCAACAGAAAAGUGAUUGUGAAACUUGCUGAACUGGCUUUCAAACAGCUGAUGAAGGGCAAUGUGAUGUUCUAUGAGGAGGACCUGAGAGAGAGUGGCAUAGAUGUCACUGAUGCCUCGGUUUAUUCUGGGAUUUGCACUGAGAUCUUCAAAGAGGAAUCUGUGAUUCUUCACAGGAAAGUGUACUGCUUCAUACAUUUGAGCUUUCAAGAGUUUCUAGCUGCUUUUUAUGAGUUUUACUGUCACCUGAUGAAGAACUCAGAGUUUUUGGAUGACAAACAUGAUAGUUACACAUCUAAGAAAAACACUUUGUAUGAGCUAUUAACGUCAGCAGUUGAUCAAACCCUUCAGAUUGAAAAUGGACACCUGGAUCUUUUUUUGCGGUUUCUGCUAGGCAUUUCACUGGAGUCCAAUCAGAGACUCUUAGAGGAUCUGCUGACACAAACAGAGAACAGCUCAGAGACCAUCAGAGAAACCACACAGUACAUUAAAGACAGGAUCAAGAGAUUUUACUUAUCAGCUGACAGAUCAAUCCUGCCAUUGAAUGAUUGUUAUAAUCAUCUUUCAGCUGACAGAUCCAUCAACCUGUUUCUCUGUCUACUGGAAGUAAAUGAUCAGACAUUAUAUAGAGAGAUCCAGGUGUUUCUGGAAUCAGACAAAGUCUCAGAUAAUAAACUCUCUGCUGCACAUUGCUCAGCAAUAGCCUACAUGCUUCAGAUGUCAGAAGAGGUGCUAGACAAGUUUGAGCCCAUGAAAUACAACACAACAGAUGAGGGUAGACGGAGGCUGAUACCAGCUGUGAUGAACUACAGAAAAGCUCUACUUGCUGGAUGUCGUCUCUCUGAUCAGUGCUGUGAAAAUUUGUCUUCAGCACUCCAAUCAUCAAACUCCCAUCUGAGAGAGCUGGACCUAAGUAACAAUAACCUGCAGGAUUCAGGAUUGAAAUUGCUCUCUACUGGAUUAAAGAGUUCACAUUGUCAACUGAAAAUAUUGAGACUUGCUGGAUGUGGUCUCUCUCAUUAUCACUGUGAAAGUUUGUCUUCAGCACUCCAAUCAUCAAAUUCUCAUCUGAGAAGUCUGGACCUCAGUAACAAUGACCUGCAAGAUUCAGGAGUGAAACUGCUCUCUGGUGGACUGAAGAGUUUUCAUUGUCAACUAAACAUACUGAGAUUGGCAGGUUGUAGAUUCACUGGUCAGUGUUGUGAAAGUUUGUCUUCAGCUCUACAAUCAUCAAAAUCCUGUCUGAGAGAGCUGGACCUCAGUAACAAUGACCUUCAGGAUUCUGGAGUGAAGCUCCUCUCUGCUGGACUGUCAGACUGUCAACUGAACAUACUGAGAUUGGUCACCUGUAAUCUCACUGGUCAAUGCUGUGAAAGUCUGUCGUCAGCUCUACAAUCAUCAAGCUCCUGUUUGACAGAGCUGGACUUGAGUAACAAUGACCUGCAGGAUUCAGGAGUGAAGCUGCUCUCUGCUGGACUGAAGAGUUUACACUGUCAACUGAACAUAUUAAGAUUGUCUGGCUGUAUGGUGACAGAGGAAGGCUGUCGUUAUAUAUCUUCAGCUCUGAGUUUAAACCCUUCACAUCUGAUAGAGCUGGAUCUGAGCUACAAUCACCCAGGAGAAUCAGGAGUCAAGCUGCUUUCUGAUACACUAAAACAUCCAAACUGCCCACUGGACAAACUCAAUAUGGAUCAUGGAGGAGAAUUCAGGAUUACUGCAGGACUACGCAAAUAUGCCUGUGAUCUUACACUGGAUCCAAACACAGCAAAUACUCAUCUCAUUCUCUCUGAGGAGAACAGAAAGGUGACACGAGUAGUGGAGUAUCAGUCAUAUGCUGUUCAUCCAGACAGAUUUGAUGUGCGUCCUCAGGUUCUGUGUAGAGAGAGUCUGUCUGGGCGCUGUUACUGGGAGGCUGAAUGGAGUGGAUAUGCUGGAAUAUCAAUGACAUAUAAGGGAAUCAGCAGAAAAGGUUGGAGUCGUGAUUGUGAGUUUGGAUAUGAUGAAAAUUCCUGGAGUCUGAUCUGCUCCGAUGACACAUUCAUUGCUUUUCAUAAUUAUAAGCUAAAUGUCAUACGUGUCCCUUCAGAGUUAUCUAAUAGAAUAGGAGUGUAUGUGGACAUGUCAGCUGGCACUCUGUCCUUCUACAGCGUCUCUGACACAAACACACUCAGACACUUACACACGUUUAACAACACAUUCACAGAGUCUCUUUAUGCUGGAUUUGGGUUUGGCUUUUAUCAUUUGAACUCCUCAGUAUCUCUAUAUCAGAUUGAAAAGUCUAGCAACAACAGAUACAGAAACCUUUCACACACACAUGAAUAAAAAAACUCUCACUUUAUAUUACUUUAAUAAUUGCAUUUACACUUAAGUGUGUGUAGUCCUUUUGACCUUCACACAAAAACAGAUUUCUAUCAGAUUAUUACUUCAACAUUAAAAACCAAAAUCGUGCUGAUAAAGGGAACAAAAAAGGAACAUGCUUUUUGUAAAACACUGUUGUAGUUGUUGGAAGAUAAUUAAUUUAACUAAAGUCAAGGGUCAGCUAUCACCAUAAUGAUGACUUCAAAUUAAACAUAUUCAGUAAAACAACAGACUAGCAUUAAAUCUCUCUUAAUUCUCAAUAAGAAAUUUUGGAGAGAAGCUGUUAGAAUGAAUGCAUUACCUUAUUCCUUUUCCAGACCCUUCCAUUGCCCCCUCCGGUAUCCAUGUUCUCUCGCCUAGAUAAGCAGAUUUGUAGAUUCAUCUGGCAAGGGAGGUGUCCCAGAGUCAGGUACAAAACAUUGCAGCUACGUAAAUCUCAAGGAGGCUGGGCGUUGACGAACUUUAAGAACUACUGGAUAGCAUCACAGUUGCGAGCCACAGUAGUUUGGUUGUCCGACACUGUGGGGACUAGGUGGUUAGAAAUUGAAAAAUGUAAUUCCAAUCCUCACUCACUAGCAGCUUUCCCAUUUAAUGAAGAAAAUAAGAUAAGUAUGUAUAAACUGGGAAAAUGGUCAGAGGUUACCUGUUUAGUAUGGAGAGAGGUUCAAAAGAUUUAUAAUCUUCCAAGGGGGAUUUCUUUGUUAACAAAUAUAACACAGCUAAAGAACUUUACUCCCUUGAAAAUGGAUUCUGGCUUCAAAGUAUGUGCCCUAAAGCAAUUGCAAUAUGUCCACCAAUUAUUUAAAGGGGACUCACAUAAAACGUUUGAACAACUUGCUACUGAAUUUGCUCUACCUAGGACUGAUUUUUAUAAGUAUCUCCAAAUUCGAAGUUUCCUUUCCAAAUCCAAAUUGGAAAAUGUUAAAAACUACCCCAUCAGCAAUUGAGACUUUGUGGAUUAAUGUGCAAAAUGGUAACAAGAUCCUUAGACCAAUUAGAUAUAUAUACAGGGCUCUGGAAAUCAUGAAGAAAGACAACACAUAAUAUAUAAAGUUAAAAUGGGAGAAGGAGCUCAAGGUAGUGAUAUCAGACAAGGACUGGGCUGAAAUACAGGUGCUGGUCAUAUAAUUAGAACAUCAUCAAAAAGUUGAUUUAUUUCACUAAUUCCAUUCAAAAAGUGAAACUUGUAUAUUAUAUUCAUUCAUUACACAGUAAUGUUAAGACAGAUUUAAUAAAAAGUAAAAAAAGAGAAGGUACCUCCUACGAAUACUCCUAGUUGCAGCAAAGAAGAAUAUUGCAAUUAAAUGACUUCAGAGAAGGCCACUGACUCUUGAGGAAUGCUUGAUGGAAAAAAUAACAUACAGUUUACAACUCAGAAAGAGUCUGUUUGUUGAACAAUGGAAACCCUUCAUUAAAGAGCUGGGUGAGAUAUGGUUUAAUUUUUUAAACACCUUUUAUAUUUUAUUUAUUUAUUUAUUUUUCUUUUUUAAUAGAUUGGCUGGUUAACUCUUUGUCGUUAUUGAACAUUUUGAUCCCAUCCAAGGCUGUUGUUAUGUGUUUAUUGGUUGUGAUGGUUCCGUUAUAGUGGUGUAUUGUUAUUCCAAAAAAAAAAAAAAAUUCUAUCUUGUCUUUGCUCUGUACUCUUCUUGUCAUUCUGUAAAUUGUAGUUAUGAUGUUGGUUAAUAAAAAAUAAGUAAAAAAAAAAAAUUUGGACAUAUAUGAAAGAAAUAAAGGCAAAGUGGUUUGUAAUAA